AUGCCGCUGCUGCCGCCACUGCUUCUGGCGCUGACGGUGUCCGCUUUGCUGGCGGGCUGCUUCGCCGCUGCUUCGCCAAGCAACGACACCGAGAUCGACCCCAGGCUUUUGCUCACCACGGACGAGAUAGCACGCAUGGACGGCUACGAGUCGGAGAAGCACCUGGCCAAGACUAGGGACGGCUACUUGCUGACGUUACACCGUGUGAAGAGUCGCGAGGGCCCCGCGAAGAGGCCCCCUCUGCUCUUGCUGCACGGACUGUUUUCUGGGUCCGACGGGUUUGUCCUCGGGGGCCCCGGCCGCUCUGCAGCAUACGUGUUUGCAGAUGCAGGCUAUGAUGUGUGGCUGGGCAAUUUUCGUGGCAACUUCUAUUCCCGGAGGCACGUGUCCCUCUCUCCAGCUGAAAGGGCCUUCUGGAUGUUCAGCUUCCAGGAGAUGGGCGAGCAAGAUAUACCCGCCAUGUUGGAUGUGAUGUUCACAACUACUGCUGCACGGCGCACCUCUGUUGUCUGCCACUCUGCCGGCUGCACUGCGCUGCUGGCAAUGUUGGCACUACCGACAAGUCGUCACUCCCGUGCCAUCCGAAUGGCAGCAAUGCUAGCGCCCGCAUACAUACCUCAUCGUUCGAUUUUCUCCAACAUCUUGACACCAGGGUUAGUGCAAUAUGUAGAUCAACAUGGCCCAUAUGAGAUACUCCCCCGUUCCAAGAGUUUGCUGAUGUUACUUGAUAGGCUGUGCAGUGUCCACUCUCGUUACCUCAAUGUCUGCAAACUUAUCAUCAGCAUCACCACACAGAAAGAACCACAAGACAUGAAUAAUUCAAGACUGUCAUUUGAUAUUGCACACCUGGUUGCUGGAGCAUCAGUAUAUUCAACAAUACAUUUCAGACAGCUAAUAAAAUCAGGCCAGUUUAGAAUGUAUGAUUAUGGAGAAGAGGAUAACAUGAAACAAUAUGGUCAGCCAGAACCACCUCUGUUUGAUCUCAGCCAGAUAACAGCACCCAUUUCGAUCCAUUAUGGCCACAAAGAUACGACAGUAACCCAUGAGGAGGCCGAGAGGUUAUUUGGUGCACUUCCUCUGCGCAUUGGAUUAUUUGAAGUGCCAGAUAAAAAGUUCACUCAUAUUGACUUCCUUAUAUCUGACAAUGCCAAAGAAGUAUUGUAUGACAAUUUAACUAAGAUAAUAAAAAGUUAUUGACAAAA